AUGAUAACCUUAAUCACAUUUAUCCUCAACCCAUUAGCAUGUAUUAUCCCUAUUCUCCUUGCAGUAGCAUUUCUAACCCUUCUUGAACGCAAAGUCCUAGGCUACAUACAAUUUCGUAAAGGGCCAAACAUCGUUGGACCCUAUGGUUUACUCCAACCUAUUGCCGAUGGCAUUAAACUGUUUAUUAAAGAACCAAUCCGCCCCUCUACAGCAUCUCCCUUACUCUUCCUCCUCACACCUAUGCUUGCACUUACCCUUGCACUCACACUCUGAACCCCUUUACCUAUGCCUCAACCAGUCACUAAUAUCAACCUUAGUAUUCUAUUUAUUUUAGCCCUCUCAAGCCUUGCAGUGUACUCAAUCCUAGGCUCAGGCUGAGCCUCAAAUUCAAAAUAUGCAUUAAUUGGGGCUCUACGGGCAGUCGCCCAAACCAUCUCAUAUGAAGUUAGCCUAGGACUUAUUCUUCUUGCAUCCAUUAUCUUCACGGGAAACUUUACACUACAAACCUUCAACAUUACACAAGAAGCCGCAUGACUAAUCAUUCCCGCAUGACCACUAGCACUAAUAUGAUACACCUCAACCCUGGCAGAAACUAACCGAGCCCCUUUUGAUUUAACAGAAGGUGAGUCCGAAUUAGUCUCGGGGUUUAAUGUAGAAUACGCAGCCGGACCUUUCGCAUUAUUCUUCCUCGCAGAAUAUGCCAAUAUUCUUCUUAUAAACACCCUCUCGGCCACCCUUUUCCUUGGCGCAUCUCACAUCCCCCUCCUUCCACAACUAGAUACUAUUAAUCUAAUAACUAAAGCAACAAUCUUGUCCCUUGUAUUCCUAUGAGUACGCGCUUCAUACCCUCGAUUCCGUUACGACCAGCUCAUGCAUUUAAUCUGAAAAAACUUCCUACCUUUAACGCUAGCUAUGGUUAUUUGACAUCUCUCACUCCCAAUUGCAUUCAUAGGAUUACCCCCUCACAUUUAG